AUGUGUAAUUUCAUUAUCUUGCAGAAUCGAAAAGAAUGCUCACGUCGUUCGUUGCGUUGCUGCUCACCUGUACCAUCGUGGCGUGCCGAUAAGGAGGCUAUUUAUAUAAGUGGUGCUUCAUGGUCACGGCCAUCAGCGCCAUAUUCUGUAAUUACAGCUCCGAAGAAAGGAAAGCAGUCAAGAUCGUGUCCAGGAGGCGUAUCGGUUUUUCCUUCCAAGAUCGCGUUUAACGUUGGCAAGAAGAUAGUCGAUUCAAUCGGUAGCAAAGCUGCUGCGAUAUCGACGGCAGACAUAAAAAAUCCUGAUAGCGAGAUAAAAACUUCGGAAUAUGGCAGUGCUGAUCCAAGUCCAACAGACAGUUCACAAGGUGCAAGCACAGCAUUUGCGGAGAGCGAUCCUAAUGCCGAUUACAAAGCUCAGGUACAAAAAUAUGAAACUGAGAUACGUAAGUUGAGAAAACGAUUAAAAGAAGAGCGUCAAUAUUUCAAGGGGCAAGUUAUUGCUUUGCAGAAGGAAAAGGAGCACAUGAGGCGAUAUCUUGAUAAAGCGAGCCGAGCAAUGAUGCAUCUUCAGAAGGGAAUCGAUCAUGAGCGGCGAAAGAAUCUCAGUUUACGC